CUUCUUAAAUGGAAUAACAGGGUGUUUCUUAAAUAUUAUUUCGUUUUCGACAACGACGAACAGGUUAUAUGGCGCACUUAGAAUCUGCAAAUACGGACGUGAAUCUGUAUAACGGUACAUCGAGAAAGCCUCGUAUUCUGCUAGCUGCAAGUGGAAGUGUGGCUGCAAUAAAAUUUGCUAAUCUUUGCCAUUGUUUCUCGGAAUGGGCAGAAGUGAAAGCAGUUGCCACAAAGGCGUCACUUCAUUUUGUCGACAGAGCCUCACUUCCGAAAGACGUAACUCUUUAUACAGACGAGGAUGAAUGGUCCACUUGGAAGAAAAUCGGCGAUGGUGUGCUACACAUUGAGCUAAGACGAUGGGCCGAUAUUAUGGUCAUUGCACCCUUAUCAGCUAACACACUCGGCAAGAUUGCGGGUGGAUUGUGCGACAACUUGUUGAGCUGCAUUAUCCGAGCAUGGGACUACACUAAACCUAUGUUUGUGGCACCGGCAAUGAAUACACUAAUGUGGAACAAUCCAUUUACGGAGCGGCAUUUAAUGGCGAUUGAUGACCUUGGAAUCUCUCUUAUCCCACCCGUUAAAAAGAGGUUGGCGUGUGGAGAUUACGGAAACGGGGCAAUGGCCGAGCCUUCACUUAUAUAUUCCACCGUAAGACUUUUCUUCGAGACUCGAGAAAAAUCGAACGGUGGCAAUAUUUAGUGAUGGUGAUUAAUUUAUUGCAACUUGCCCCUCUUUGUGGUUUAGAUGGUGUGUAUCGUGUUUUCAAACGGUGUUUAGGUGUCGAAGGAAGAAUUUGUGUAAAUUUUAAUCUAUUUAUGUUUUCUAAUUGUGAAAUGAAUACUUUGUUGUAAGAAUUUGUGUGUGUGUAUGUGUGUGUGUAUACAUACAUGUAUGUAUACGCAUAUACUUAGUAGUGCAUUUUUAUUCAAUGAACUUAAAAAAUGUUUGAGUUA